AAGUUAAAGUCCGAUGAGGAGCUUAAAGGCCAAGUUCAAAAGGAGUGAGAGCCCAGAUUGGGGUCGGAUGGAUUUCAAAUUGAUGGCUGCUGUAACCUGUAAUGAACCAGACAAAGUCGAAUCUUUGCUAAGUAAGAAGAGGAUCCAGACCCAUAAAUUGGACUCUAUGGGCAAAUCAGCACUUCACACUGCUGCAGCCCUCGGACACAUGGACUGUCUCCGUGUUAUUCUUUCUCACCAAGCCCAGGUUCUGGCACCAGACAGUACAGGUGUUCUUGCACUGCACUUGGCUGCACAGAAUGGGCAUUCUGACUGUGUGAUUCUCAUUCUGCAGAUUUAUAUGCAAAUACCAUUUAAGCAGUAUUUUAUUCUCAAUUAUUUUGUCACUAAACACCACAAGAAAUCUACCCAGGCAUCAAUCAACAUCAGGGGACCUGAUCCUAUCUACAUAUAUCUUCUUUUCAACCACCACUGCCUACUACCCUUACUCCUAUCUUGUUUUUAUAUAUAUUACAUUCAUUUUUGUUGUUCUCUGUCCAUCACAGCUGUAAGUGGGAGUCUACCUUGUGCCAAGAUCCUCUGUGACUUCCAGGUUCCAGUCAACAUUAGAGAUAAGGAUGGGUCAAGUGCUCUUUCAUUGGCUGCCCAGAUGUGUCACCCCGAAAUGUGUCAUCUACUGUUACAAAGAGGUUCAGAUGUUAACUGCAGAGACCUACAAGGACGGACUCCACUCAUGCUUUGCUGCGAAGGAGACAGCACACACACAGCCCAUCUCCUCCUCACUGCUGGCGCACAAGUCACCUUAGUGGACUCCAUGGGUCAUAAUGCUCUACAUUAUAGCAAAGCCAAGGGCAACAGCCAAGUGCAGAACAUCUUGCAGAGUGUCUUACAUUCAGUAGAAGAGGACGAUCUCAGCAAACGUAUGGAACAAGAUGACAUACAUCCUAUUCCAGCCGGGACGCCAAGUAAAACCAUCACUCCAAGGAAAAGAAAGGCUCCCGCACCUCCUACAACAUCAAAACAGACUGUACUCCCAGAAGUUGCUCAAGAAGUCAAAGAAAAGAAGACUGACAGGGGACAGGUCCGUGGCCGGACUAAACCAGAGAGGAAGAAACAAAAUACUACGACCCCAAAGGAACAGACUGUGGCACCACAGAAGAAAGCUGAUCUUGUCCUACAGGAAAAAAACAUUGAUACUGAUUCAGAAAAACAUAUUAUUCCCGAAAAAGAGCUACCAUAUGACGCUCAUAAGCUUGAAGAAAUCCUUCCCAAUCCACAGGAGCCAUGCUUCUAUAAUUCCCAAGAGGAAUGCCCCUCUGAUUCCCAGGAAAAUAGCAGUCUUAUCACACAGCUGGAGUGUGUAGUUGACCUUCAGCAACACAUCAUGGAGAUGACAGAGAUAGAGCUGGACCCUCAGGAGUUGCAACAUCAACAAGAUGUGAUGGAGAUAUUGACCCACAUGUCUGAUACAGAACUAGAAGCAAGUGCACAAGAUCUCGACGCAGCUAUCCCACAAAUUAGCUUAAUGGAGUUACAGGAAGAAGUGCAGGUGUUGAGAGCCGAGAACAGAGAUCUACAGGACAAAAUUCAGAUCUUUGAGAACUAUGAGCGAGAUGACACCAACUUAGAUAAUUCUGCUGACUUUAUUCCACUCAUCUUGUAUGACUCCCUGCAAAGUGAAUAUGAGCUAGUGCGAGAACAGCUUAGAGAAGCACAACAUUCUUUAGAGCUUUUGCAAAACUCGGCAGAGCGUCCAUCCUCUCCAUCUUGUAAAUUGAUCCCGGCAGAAGCCUACGAGCAACUCCGGGCAGAAAACGAUGCUCUGCUUAAAACUCUCCAGGAAAAGGAACUAUCUGAGGAGCUUCAGAUAACUAAACAGGGUAAAAAUGAGGAGCAGGAGAAUGAAUUACAAGAAAAGAUAAACAAACUGCAAGAAAAGGAAAAUAAAUAUGAAGAGCUGGAGGAAGAGGUAAAAAGGUUAAUGGAAUAUGAGGAAAAGUACAAUAGAAUUGAAGAAGAGAUGGAGUGGUUAAAAGAUGUGAGAAACAAAUGUGCAGAUAUGGAGGAGGAGCUGAAUAGGCUACGGGAGAACGAGGAGAAAUAUAAAGAAAUGAUAAAAGAUAUAGAGAAAGCUAAAGAAAGUGAGAAUCGGUACAGGAUUAUGGAGGAGGAGUUGAGAAGAUUACAGAAAAAUGAGACAAUGUACAAAGCAAUGCAAGAUGAAAUGAGUAAGCUGCAAAACAGUGAAGAACAAGAAGGAAUGGAAGAAGUGGUGGAAAAACCAGACAAACAGACCCAAGAAUUUGAGGGGAAUAAUGCAAUGGAAAAUGAACAGAAAUGUGACAAAGACAUUGAGAAACUGUUAGAAGAAGAUAGGGCAAAACACCAAGAGCUAAUGGGGGAGAUUAUUGAACAGCUUCGAGAUACCCAAGAAGAGCAUAAUGUGACUCAGCAUCAGCUAAAAGAGGCCCAAGAGAUAUUAUUGCAAAAAGAACAGCAAAUUAAUGAUUUGCAAGAUGAGCUACAAAAAGUUAUAGAUACAAUGCAGAGUGAAAGGGAUGAAAGAGCUCAGUUGCUAGCUGACUAUGAAAGGGCAGAAGAAGAACUUCAGAGACUCAGAGUUGAAGGCCAGGCACACGGUCAGGAGGUGGAUGACCUGCAUAAACAGAUCAGCAAUCUUCAGGAGGAAACCCAUGAGUUGCAGGAGCAGUUGAAGGCCAAUCAUUUAAGCCCAAUCAAAGUACAGAAUGAUGAAAGCUCCCUGAUUCAAGUUCAGGAGCAACUGGCACAGAAGAAUGAGCACCUGUCCCGUGCUUUGCAGGAACUGCAACGUCUGCAGGAGAAUGCAGUGCCUAUGCAGGAACACAAUCAAAUGCAAGAGUCUCUGAAUUGUGAGCUGCAAGACUUGAAGAUGAAAGUGAGGCAGCUGGAGCAGAAGUUACAGAGCCGUGAACGAGAAAUAGAGUUGUUACAGCGAGAGAUUGAUAGUACGCGAACAACAGAGCAAUCAAGUGAAGCCUUAAAGAAUGAAGUAGCUUCUCUAACAAAGAGAUUGAAUGAGCUGACCAAACGCCAUGAACGGACAAGCACAGAGGUAUUUCAAGUGCAGAGGGAAGCGCUCUUUUUUAAAAGUGAGAAACAGUCAGCUGAAGAGGAGUUACAGAAAGCACAAAAAGAGCUGGAAAAUGUUAGAGGACAACUCAGUGAGCUGCAAGAGAUGGGAUCUCGUGGGAAGACAGAACCAUCAGGGGAAAAAGACAGAAAGAUUUCAGAGUUAUCCCAAGAAAUUAUUGCUUUAAGAGGCAAACUGUCCAAACAGAUGGAGCAAACCGGCCUGGGGCACGAGCCACAAAGAAGACUUAAGGAGCAGCGAAAGGAGGAAGGACAGCAGAACCAUAAACUACUGAAAGAAGUUGAAAGUCUGCAAUGUACAAUAAGAGACUUGAAGCAAAAACAAAAGGACGCAGAAAAACAGCAUAACGCUGUCGUUGGGAUUUACCGGACUCACUUACUGAGUGCAGCACAGGGCCAGAUGAAUGAAGAUGCUAUGAGGAUCUUAAACCAAAUAUUACAUAUGCACUUAAUACAGUAA